AUGUCCGUCUCUGAUGAUGUUGAUCUCUACUGGUUUCGGUGGAAAGCAUUAUUUUUAGCUGCAAUAGAAAAAUGUGUGCCUGUUAAAGUUAUAAAAGACACAAACUCUCCUCCAUGGAUUGAUGGAGAAAUCAGGCACCUCCUGCGCAAGAAAUAUCGAGCUCUCAAAAAAUACCGCGAAAAUAGAACUGAACAACGCAAACGAAAACUUAGAUCUCUAAGUAAUGACAUCAAAAUCCUUGUCAGGCAUAAACAUCGUGAUUACCUCAAUAAAAUCGUGGGUUCUUUCUGUGAAAAUCCAAAACUGUUCUGGAGCUAUCAUAAAGCGGUAUUACAUCAUCGCUCAGGAGUCGACUCUGUCAUUACGCAUAAUGGUCAAACAGCCAAGACGUCCGGAGAAAAAGCUGAGCUCUUUAAUACGUACUUUUGCUCUGUGUUCACUUCUCCCAACACCGUGCCUAGUAUGAUGCCCUCUAACCCAUAGAGAUUAUAAAUAACACUAGAGGAGGCAUUGUAAUCUUAAUUCAGUAAAAAAAAGGGAACGCGACUAUUGGGGGGCAAAUUCAAGUCCCGGAUGUGUAUUCAUGUUCCCAUUGGUGACGAGUUUCAAAUCAGCCAAUGAGAGCACGAUUUUAUAUCCGGGACUUGAAUUUGCUCCCCAUUAGCUGCGUUCCCAAUUUUUAAACUCGAUGCCUCCUCUAGUGUUAUUUAUAAUCUCUAUGCUCUAACCCCAAUCGAUCAGAUGUUGAAAUCUCCGAUGUGCAGCUGUCUGUGGAAGAAGUGGAACUUUGCUUGGCUGGUUUAGAUUCAUCUAAAGCCUCCGGUCCAGAUGGGAUUCCUGCACACAUUCUAAAACAAUGUAGAAAGGAAAUCGCACCAAGUUUAUGUGCUCUGUUCAACGACUCUCUGCGCACUGCGCGUUUUCCAGCUGAAAGGAAGAAUGUAGACGUAACACCUGUGCACAAGAAAGAUCUGAAGGAACCUGCUGGAAACUACAGACCCAUCUCUUUAUUGUCAAUAGUUAGUAAAGUGUUGGAACGCUGCGCCUGCAACAGCUAG